AUGUCCAACCUGACAAUGCUUUCUGAAUUCAUACUCCUGGGACUGUCUUCCAGGCCUGAGGACCAGAAGCCACUCUUUGCCCUCUUUCUCAUCAUAUACUUGGUCACCGUGUUAGGAAAUCUGCUCAUAAUCUUGGCUAUCCACUCUCAUCCUCCACUCCAAAACCCCAUGUACUUCUUCCUAAGCAUCUUGUCCUUUGCUGAUAUUUGCUACACAAAUGUCAUAAUCCCCAAGAUGCUGGUUAACUUCUUGUCAGAGAAAAAGACCAUUUCCUAUGCUGAGUGCCUGACACAGAUGCAUUUCUUCCUGGUCUUUGGAAACAUGGACAGUUAUCUCCUGGCAGCUAUGGCCAUUGACCGCUAUGUGGCCAUUUGCAAUCCCUUCCAUUAUGUCACUGUUAUGAAUCGCGGACGCUGUGUGUUGCUCCUGGUCUUCUCCAUCACUUUCUCCUGUCUCCACUCCCUCCUGCAUGUCCUUCUGGUGAGUCAGCUCACCUUCUGUGCGUCAAAUGUUAUCCAUCACUUUUUUUGUGAUGUCAACCCCGUUCUCAAACUGUCCUGUUCUUCUACCUUUGUCAAUGAAGUUCUGGUCAUGACAGAAGGCCUGGCCUCUGUGAUGGCUCCAUUUGUCUGUAUCAUCAUCUCCUACCUGAGAAUCCUCGCUGUUAUUCUCAGGAUUCCCUCAGCUGCCGGAAAACGCAAAGCCUUCUCCACCUGCAGCUCCCAUCUCACUGUGGUGAUCCUGUUUUACGCGAGUAUCAGCUAUGUUUACUUUAAGCCUUUGUCUAACUACAGUGUCAAGGACCGGAUAGCAACUGUCAUCUACACUGUGUUAACCUCAAUGUUGAACCCAUUUAUCUACAGUUUAAGAAACAAAGACAUGAAACGUGGCUUAAGGAAACUGAUGAAUAUUAAGUUUCAAAUGAAGAACUUGUCUUCUAUAAACGUCAAUAAAAUCCAGGGACCGUGAUUGCAAGAGUUGUGUGUGUGUGUGUGUAUGUGUGUGUGUCUGAGCAUUCAAGUCUGGAUGCAAAUCUUCUGAGGAGAAAAUUUUUCAUCAGUUGUGGCUGUUCCUUGUAGUUUUCCACCCUGCAGUCCAUGUCAUGCUACAACUGCACAGUCAGGAUGUCUUGGUACCUAUGCUCCAAUUGUAGACCCACCCUUUAACAUCUCUCAUUCCAGAUAAUCUCAUUCCUUAUACUCAGUUCUUAUUUACCUGGAGCCUCCUAGACUUCCUUUCAUUUACUAAUUCAAAUUUCAGUAAUUGAAUUAUCAAAGUUUUUUUACAUCGAUAUAAAAAUUGAUAUAUAUAUGAACACAUUCACCCAUAUGUAACCACUCUAUUUGAAGAUGUCAAGAAUUUUUAUAGGUGUGUUUGUGUGAGAGUGUGUGAGUGUGUGUAAGAGAGAGAAAGAGACCUCCCCAUCAUAUUAAGGACCCCUCAACUGCAGAAUCAGAUAAUCAGUGUUCUCUGAUCAUUCCAUGAUAGAGCUAUGGUCUCUUCUUAAAAUUCUUAUAAGGACUGGAUGUCCUGAGCUUUAGAAUCAUAGAUUCUAACACCUGGCACCA